CGAGCAAGCAGGCAGGCAGCUGCCAGAUCUUCCCCGCUCGCUCUCGCGCCUUGCUCUCAGAAGCUCCGAUCCAGACUCACGCGAGGCGCUGUCCUUUCAGCACCACAAGCUCGGGCUGAGGAGGGAGGACUCCUGUUCGUCCUCCUCCUCCUCAAAUUGGUUUGCAUCUGCUCUGACCCCCAAGAGUGCAGCACAGUCUGGGAAGAAAGGCAUAAGGAUGGUGAAGCUGAACAGUAACCCCAGCGAGAAGGGCAGCAAGCCGCCUUCGGUCGAGGAUGGCUUCCAGACCGUCCCUCUCAUCACCCCCCUGGAGGUUAAUCACUUACAGCUGCCUGCUCCGGAGAAGGUGAUCGUGAAGACAAGAACGGAAUAUCAGCCGGAACAGAAGAACAAAGGGAAGUUCCGGGUGCCGAAAAUCGCCGAGUUUACGGUCACCAUCCUUGUCAGCCUGGCCCUAGCAUUCCUCGCCUGCAUCGUGUUCCUGGUGGUUUACAAAGCCUUCACCUAUGACCACAGCUGCCCAGAAGGAUUUGUCUAUAAGCACAAGCGCUGCAUCCCAGCCUCCCUGGACGCCUACUACUCCUCCCAGGACCCCAACUCCAGAAGCCGCUUCUACACAGUCAUCAGCCACUACAGCGUGGCCAAGCAGAGCACCGCCCGGGCCAUCGGGCCGUGGCUGUCGGCAGCUGCUGUCAUCCAUGAGCCCAAACCACCCAAGACCCAGGGCCAUUAGAGGCCUCGCCCGGCCAGGAUGGGGGGCGGUGGUGGAGAGGGGGACCCCCGUUGGCUAAGCCGAGCUCCAGUUACAAGACAACACCGUACUCCUGGGAUAUGGGGGCGGGGGUGGGGCCGGGGUGGGGUGGGAGGGAGGAGCUCUUGGAAAAUCUCGUGCACUGGAGUUGUCUGGAUCGGUGUUCCUUUUUGUCUCUUGGUAUUGUUGAUUCGUCCCGAGUCAGGCUCAUGUACAAAGGCAUGUUUCGUGUUGACUGUUCCCAUGUAAGAUAUUUUCAAAGCCCCUGCUUCUUCUUUGUUAGGCAAACUUAAAAGCAGAGAAGGACAGACACGAGGGAAAGGACCCCAAAGCAUGGAACUGGCUCUCUCUGGAAGGUGCCGAAGGGUAAAGGGCGCGGGCUUCCUGGGUGGGAAACGGCAGCUUCGAGGUGGGGUUCCACGGCAGCCGUGCAAGGGAGCCGCACAUGCCGGGGCUCUGUGGUCUGCCUCUGGGCUGCAGGAUAGGAACACGGGGAGCGAGGAGAGGCGGAGUCGGAGCAAGGACUGAUUUAGGCGUUCCCGAGCCCAGGUCACACUCGGCCGGGACGGGAGCGCACUGACCCCUGCUGCCAACUUCACAGUGUCCCUGCUGUGGCUGGGGCUGACCCAUGUGGCUGAGCCAACCCACGGCCUGGGCUCCGAAUGCCCACUCUGUGGUCGUGGGUUAUGCAGACACACACAUUGAGGUUGAGACAUGGGCAGAUUCGCUUCAUUUUUUUUCCCCUAAUUUUUCUAGAUCUCUAGCUGGACACUGCCCAGGUUUGCAAGACAGCAGGGGUGGAGGGUGGGGGGGACUCCAGGAAGAAGGAAGCCCCAGGGCAGGUGUGUAAACCCUUGCCUGAGCUAGAGCACAGGCACUGAGUUUUAAAUCUGUGUUUGUUGAUUCUCCAAGUGCUAAUCGCAGUAGGAACCGUGAUAGGAUCUACCCAGGACCCUCAGUGAGAGCCGGGAAGAGACGCUGAGCUUGAGGCUGCAGCGAAAGGAAGCUGAGAAGGGUGUUGGCUGUCUGUGCCCACUCCGUCCUGUGGGCAGGGGACGUUUGUCCAGCUCCCCCGUGGGAUUCCAGAAGCUCUGGACAAGGAGGCGGCCUCCGGCCCUGACCGAACCCUUCCCUGCCCUGGGCACUCCCACGCCGUGGCCCCUCCCAAACAUUUCAGGGAGGCCCAUUCUGUGGGGUGCUGGCUUCAGGCCCGACAGGGCCCCAAGUGGCUGGGGGGAUUGCUUAUUUGAGAGGUGCUCCAGGUUCCCCACGAGUGUCCGGCAGGUCAUGCAAAGGGUACUAUUUGUGUGUGUGGCUUGCUACGUUGCCGAAAUCAUCGUACACAGCUGCUGGAUGAUAAGACUAGUGUAGCUCAAAGUAUCCCGCCAAAUGCUCUCGUCUGGUUUUUCCUCCCUUCCCACCCCAGCCCUCCCAUCACCUCGAGUCACCUGUACAUUCAUUUGUCAUCCGAAGUGGAACAACACAUCGUCCCUAGCAAAACUGCUGAGCGCUUCAUAAUUUCGUGGUGUAUUUUUGUCAGUAGAUAGCAGAGGCUGAAGUAUUUUUUGGUGUAAUUCUUGAAAUUUUCUGACAGGAAACAAAUAAAGAUAGAUGUGUCUGAG